UCGUAGAGUAAACUACUCAGUAAAAAAUUUAACGUAAAAAAAUUUCCUGUACUUAAACUAGAUUUAUUUUAGAUAUAUUUUUAAUUUCCAAUCUUUUGGAAACUAAAUUUUGCGAGCGAUAAAUUUUAAGUGUUUUUUUCGAAACAUCACAGUCAGUUUUUGUUGAAGGGGUACUCACGGGGAAAAAAUACUGGGACAAUGUUCGGAAAAUCGCGUCAGUUGCUCUUCUGCAUCUGCAGCCGGUCGCCCGUGUGCCGCCAAUAUGCACCCAAGUUUCUGAAGCGAUCCUACGCCUCGCAGGCCAUCAACCAGAUGCUGUUGCUCCAGCAGAUGGACAUAUGCGCCGAUCAGCCGUCGCGAGCCUUGGUUAUUGGUGUGUAUGCGGAUGAGGAGGACAAGAACGAUGCGGGCAUCCUGACGCCCGCUGGCUGGCGGUACAAUAUCCAAAAGACCAAUGGUCGUCUGAUCGAGGUGCUCCGUAUGUCGGGACCCAUGCCCAGGAGAGGCGAGGCCCGUCUGCUGUUCGCCGUGGAGCCGGAGCGCAUUCCCUACUACUCGGUGGUGGCCGUGGUGGGUCUGGGCAAGGAGUGCUUGGGCUACAAUCCCUAUGAGGUCCUGGACGAGCAAAAGGAGGCCAUCCGGCGUUCGGUGGCCGCGGCCUGCCGCAUCCUCGCCGAACUGGACACCGAUCGUAUCGAGGUGGAGAACUGCGGACAUGCCGAGUCCGCUGCCGAGGGAGCUGCCCUGGGCAUCUGGUUGUACCAAGAACUGCGCGAUCCCAAGACGCGAAUCUUCGUCCCGGCCAUCGAUUUGUAUGCCACCAAGGACGAGGUCUGCGACAUUGAAGGAUGGCGCAUUGGGCUACAAAAGGCUGCCGCGCAGAACCUCACCCGCCAGCUGCAGGAGAUGCCCUCCAAUCUUUUGACACCGACUGCCUUUGCCCAGAAUGUCGUCGAGGUUCUCUGUAAGUCUGGAGUGAACGUGGAGGUCAAGGUCGAGGGUUGGGCGGAGAGCCAGUCGAUGCACGCUUUCCUGGCGGUGGGCAAGGCCUCCUGCGAGCCACCCAUCUUCCUGGAGCUGAGCUACUACGGAACCUGUGCCGAAGAACGACCCAUUGUCCUGGUGGGCCAAGGAAUCACCUACGACGCCGGUGGCCUGUGCCUGAAGAAAAAGCACGAGCUCUUCCACAUGCGCGGCGACAUGACCGGAGCAGCUGUGGUGGUGGCCACCUGUCGGGCAGUGGCAGGACUUAGGUUGCCUGUCAACAUCCGCGGUCUGAUCCCUCUGUGCGAGAACGUAGUUGGCUGCAACUCCUUCCGUCCGGGCGACAUGGUAAAGUCUAUGAAUGGCAAGACCAUCGAGGUCCAGUGUACAGAUCACGAGGAUGUCCUGGUGCUGGCCGAUGCCCUGCUGUAUGCCCAGAACUUCUGCCCCAAAUGCAUCAUUGACAUUGGAACCUGCUCCGGAUAUAUGCGUCAGUCCCUGGAUGAGGCGGCCUGUGGUGUGUUCACCAACUCCGAGAUCCUGUGGCAGCAGAUCAAGCACGCCAGUAUGCACACUGGAGAUCGUGUGUGGCGCUUCCCCCUGUGGCACUACUACAGCAAGGCGGUGCGUGCCGGAGGACGCAGUGAUGUCCAGAACUACGGCAUCGGUCGUGGUGGACGUCCCUGCAAAGCUGCCGCCUUCCUUCGUGAAUUCGUACCCUGCGGACAAUGGAUGCACAUAGAUGCUACCAACGUGAUGGUCACCAACGGCAUCGACUUUGAGUAUCUGCGACGUGGAAUGGCUGGUCGACCCACCCGAACCCUCAUCGAAUUCAUUGCCCAGACCAUCUGCAAGGACACCGCUCCCAAGAUGGGAAAGUAGGCGGAGAAUACGGAGGAAGGAUCAACUGACGAAGAUGGCGAAAUCCUAUUGGCAGCUACAGCGCUACAACCAUGUCUUUAUUUUGGUGAAACUUUUUGAAGUCUGUACAAGGUGCUUGUCUUUAAUCAGUUGCGUGAUAUUUCCUUUGCUUACGAGACUGUUCGGGCCAAAAAAUGUUUGUUUGCAACCUUAUUGAAUAAAUUAUUUAUCUUUAGAAUUGAAA